CCAGCUCCUGCACAAGCACUUCGGUUUCGGCAUCUGUGGAUGAGACACGGGACCACCAGCGGACCCCCACGUCUGGAUUGUCUGUGCGUCUUGGAGAUGCUGAGUCCGGCGCGUCUGGAACCCACCGCGCAGUGAGUGAGUGAGUGAGUGAGUGAGGGGUAAACUUUCAGCGAAAGUUGCGCAUCAGCAGAAAGGACGAGGACGCCGUGUGGGUGGCAAUUUUGCAUUGCCACACAAAGUGUAGCUCUGCUACAUCCUUUCUUCUCUAAGAGGUCACCGCUCCAUCCAGCAAAAUUUCACCCAAAAGCAGAGCCCAGGACCACCCUGCGCUGACGCGGCUGGUCGGCAGGAGGCGGCUGGUGGCGGCGGGGGUCCUGGGGGUCAUCAUGGUUCUGGUGCUGGUCAUCCUCAUCCCGGUGCUGGUCAACUCGGCGGGGACCGCGGCGCACUACGAGAUGCUCGGCACCUGCCGGAUGGUGUGCGACCCGUACGGCACCAAGUCCCCGUCCAGCACCGCCAGCGCGGCGGACGCGGCGCAGGACAGCGGCCUGGUGCAGUCGUUGCCCACUUUUAUCCAAGGUCCGAAGGGCGAGCCGGGUCGGCCCGGCAAGGUGGGUCCGAGGGGACCCCCCGGCGAGCCGGGACCGCCCGGCCCAGCGGGGCCGCCCGGAGACAGGGGGGAACCGGGCAGACCCGGUUUGCCGGGACCCGCGGGGUCCGGCGCCGGCGCGGGCGCAAUCAGCGCGGCCACCUACACCACCGUGCCCAAGAUCGCCUUUUACGCGGGGCUGAAGAAGCAGCACGAGGGCUACGAGCUGCUCAAGUUCGACGACGUGGUGACCAACCUGGGCAACCACUACGACCCGACCACCGGCAAGUUCACCUGCUCCAUCCCCGGGAUUUACUUCUUCACCUACCACGUCCUGAUGCGCGGAGGGGACGGGACGAGCAUGUGGGCGGACCUGUGCAAGAACAACCAGGUGCGGGCCAGCGCCAUCGCCCAGGACGCCGACCAGAACUACGACUACGCCAGCAACAGCGCUGUGCUGCAUCUGGAGCCGGGGGACGAGAUCUACAUCAAACUGGACGGAGGCAAGGCCCACGGGGGCAACAACAACAAGUACAGCACCUUCUCCGGAUUCAUCAUCUACGCGGACUAGGCGACGGCGACAAAACAACGCGUCCGUGGCCCCAGCUGCUGCGGGCCCUUGUGGGCCAGUUCAGAAAACCUUCCCCCUCGGCAAAUAAGACUUGAAGCUCUUUUCCACGUGUGUGUGUGUGUGUGUGUGUGUGUGUGUGUGUGUGUGGAGAAACCGAUGUAAAUCAACCGUCACGAAACUGGGUAUUAUUUUAUAUUCCACUUGUCUGCAGCCGCCGCUGUCCGCAGAGAAUCGGACAAUAACAUCGGAGCGGGAAUCGAACCACGUCCUCUCUUUACAUCCCUCCUUGUGUGUCAAUGUUCCCUGUGACAGAUGCACCCAUUUACCCCCGGCGUUAAAAAUGUGUUUCUGUUCAUCGGAUUGCCAUCGGGUAAGAGCCAGACCACAUUUCAAAGUGCAACUGUCACAGGCCGGCGAGGCAGCAGCAAGCACAGGGGGCCGUCCUCUCUUCAUCGCCGCCGCCGUCGUCACGUUAGACAAGACUCCCGUGGAUGGAGUGAAGAGCGAAAAGCAGGAAAACACAAUAAGACAGCUCUUUCCUUCUUUCUUAUCUUUUCUUGCUAUUUUUUUGUUUUUGCUCCUGAGCGAAACAAGAAGAGGAGUGAAAGCGCCCCAUAGGAGGAAGUGGAAAAUGUCAGAAGUGCACAAGUCAACAUGUAGUUUGAGAAUAGUGUCGAGUCAGUAAGCGCCAGGUAAUCGACUGUGGGACGAUGAAGUGCAAUACCUAUUAAAAAUAUAACUAAAUCAAUGGUGAUAAUCAAUAAGAAAUCCUUGAGUAAGUGUGUGGUUUUCUUUCUUUCUCCUUUUAUUCUCUGAUAUGCUGUGAAGGCGGCGUGGAAGAGCUGGAAACACUUGAAGUACAUUAUGGUACGCUUGCGGGAGAUAAUAUUUCUAUUAUACACAUAAUUACCUCUUUAGUAGAAUAGAAUAAUGAAUAACUUAUUCGUUUAUUAUAUGUAAUCAAACAACACCUCACUUUUAAAGUACUUUAGCUUGGACACGUUUAUUUUUCUCCUUGUUGACACGAUGUCUUGUGUAUGCUGGACGCAUAUUCCUCUCUGCUCUGCAAAGCCCGUCGUCUACAGUGCCGAGCUAAAUGUAUAUGGAGUUGUAAAAGCGAAACUGAAAGCACUAUGCAGAAGAAGUUCAGAACAAAGAAAAUGUAUCCAUGUACAGUGUCGUGUAUUUGAAAGACAGCGAAUGCGGAAAAAAACCCUGGAACCACUGGAAUCAAAUGUAAAUACUGAUAGCGACACAUAGUUAUUAUAUUUUCUUGUUAUUAUUUUUUUCCCCUGCCCGUCCCAUGCACAGGAUGGCGGAAGGGGGCCCCGAGGAGAUUGUUUUUAAAAUCCUCAACUUCUGAACUCAUUCAUUCAGUAAUCGCUGGUUGUCUUGACGUAAAAACCUUAUACCAGUUUAAUCGGUGUGAAAAAGCAUAUGUGCGGCGGAUACGGUGUCAGAUGUGUGCAGUUUUCUGUCCAAACGCUUCUUCUGUCUCUCACGACGGUGACUUAACUGUACUGUUGCCGCAGCGGCGUCCCCAUUAAAAUGGACGGGAGAAACACGUG